AAGACAGAACAUGAAGGUUCGCAUCAACGCUACGGGCGACACCAUCGUGAUGAAGUUUGUCCGUCCCAACCCUGACACCAAGCUGGAGGGCUACAUCCUGGGCUACGGCAGCAGCAUGUUCUCUAAACAGUUCAUCCAGCUGCCUGAGAAUGGAGAGCCCUACGAGACUGAGAUAGACGCUGAACCCAAGUAUCUUGUUGCUGUCCAGCCAAUCCCGAGCAACGACGUAAAGAAACAAUGCACAGGAAAGGUCAACCUGGAGAAGCCACUCCACCUGGUUAUUGGCUCCGUCACCCCAACCUCUGUGCUGCUGUCCUGGGGAACCUUCCUGAAGACGCCCUACGAAGCAGGCAACAUCAUGAACGACUGUUUGGAAGACGGACACUACACCGUCCGCUACAGGGAGAGGAACAGGAAGUGGAUCUACCAGACCUGCCCCACCAGCGACACUGUGGUUGACAACCUGAAGCCCGACACCCCAUAUGAGUUUGGGGUCCGCUCCAACAAAGACGAACGCAGCGGAAUCUGGAGCAAGCCUGUCAUUCACAAAACCAACAUGGGUGCAGGGUUGGACAAAAGCGUCCAGAAACUCUACAAGCACCGGACCCCUAUUGUGAAGCCAAUGAAACCACCCAUGUCCCGUGCACUUUUCCCACCUCGUCCAGCUAUUCACAAUAAGACUCAGCCUAGAAUCCCUCUGACCAAAAACCAAGGUUUCCCAGGAGCUCCCAAGACAUCUUUUGCACCACCAGAGAGACACCUGGAAGCUAGGCCUGACCCCCGCGCCAAUGAGCCUCAAUGGCCACAGUUCCCACUGGACGGAGGAAACAGUAUUAGAAAUGCUUCCUCUCAUCUCGUGGACCUCCCUCCUGCCCCCCCCCAACUCCUGCCCACCAAAACCCCCAGUACCUCCUCUGCCACCCCUGUCCUUAACAACCCCUCUCCACCCGGUGAAAAGCAACAGGGAAAGACCCAACCCAGGGGACCUACUAGCGCCACAGUGAAGACACAUAACCCUUCCUCUGCUCUCAGCGAAUCACAGAAAGGAGCAUCACUGCUAACCCCCACCCUGGGCAGUGAGAAAGCCAAUAAUAACAACUUGGGUCAAGGCAGCCAGAGAAAUUUGAAACCCCAUGGCCCGGCCAUCACACUGAUAGGCAGGACCAUGAAGUCUCCUGCUGCCACAAACCCUCUCUUUCCCUUCACUGAUGGCUCAAGACAAGAUACCCCUUCCUCUUCCUCAUCCCUUCUUCGUAGGGCUAAUAACUCAUCACAGACCUCCAGGACACCAGGGGCCAAUGGUAAGCAUCACAAAGGAACCGGCCUCCCCAAACCAGUCGUUUGGAACAGACUGAGAAUGGCAAACACAAACAACUCGCUGUUGGAGGACAUAAACCCUGACGUUUUGGGCCGUUCAGGCUUAUCUUCCAUUGAGGACCAGUUCUAUGGAUCUCGUCCGUCCAUUCCUGUCAACAAAAAGACCAACCUGGUUGGCAAACCUGGUGAUAUGAACAAGCUGAAUGUCUUGAAGCAAACAGACAAGGCCUCCAUUUUGAAGAAGUUUCCAUCAGUGACGACUAAACCUGCCAAGCAAGACCGCAGACACACAACAACGACUGCACCAUCAGCCAACGACAUCUGGUUUGAAACCUGGGAGAACUCCUCAUUAUUCAGCUCCCUACCAGCCUCUGACGUGGAUGCAUUGGGAAAGAAACGUUUCGUUGCACCCCAUGUAGUCUACAAGACAGACAAGAAACCAGACGAGCCUUGUUCCAUCACCACCUCUCUCAGCUACUUCCCAGAGGAGGAGGGCGGGGAGACAAACGUGACAGCCCCGCCCAAGUCUCCGCCCUACAACCUCACCGUGGUAACGGUGGAGGGAUGCCCCUCCUUCAUCAUUCUCGACUGGGAAAAGACAGACAACGACACCACAGAAUAUGAGGUAAUCUCCACGACGAAGGGACCAGAUGGUACUCAGGUCUCCAUCCUGACCACCAACCAGACUCACACUGCAGUAGAGAACCUCAAACCCGAGAGCAGCUACGAGUUCAAGGUGAAACCCAAGAACGAGCUUGGAGAGGGGCCACCCAGUGAGCCUGUGUCCUUCAACACUGAAUCAGCUGACCCACGUGUGAGUGAGAAUGUCUCAGGAAAAGAUGCCAUCUGGACCCAGUUCCCCUUUAAGACAGACUCAUACUCGGAGUGCAAUGGCAAGCAGUACGUAAAAAGGACCUGGUACCGCAAGUUUGUGGGCAUCCAGCUCUGCAACUCCCUCCGAUACAAGAUAUAUCUGAGUGAUUCUCUCAACGGUAAAUUUUACAACAUUGGGGACCAGACUGGCCAUGGUGAGGACCACUGUCAGUUUGUAGACUCGUUCCUGGAUGGGAGGACAGGAAACCAAGUCAGGGCUGACCAGCUGCCAGCAAGAGAAGGGUAUUACAGAGCUAUGAGACAAGAGCCUGUCAACUUUGGUCAGAUAGGAGGGAACUCUCACGUCACCUACGUGCCAUGGUAUGAGUGUGGAACGGCCAUUCCUGGCAAAUGGUAGGACCCCCCAAAGCUGUCUGUGGAGAAGCACGAAGGAUAUACAGUACAUAUCAAACUGUCUGGGAAGGUGGCAGGAGGGGUCCUUCUACACAUCCAAUCAGUCUCUGGAUGCUACAUAUCCCCAUCCAUCCGCCUCCGAACCCCAGCCAUGUAAAAACCUGUACAGGAUCUCCGGGUCAGGUUAAUAUAAUGUCCAUAUGUAAUAGCCUUAUCUUAUUUAUCAAACAUGACAAAAAGUCAAAGGGAUAAAAAGAACAUAGUAUGAGAUAGAUGGAGAAACUUCUAACUAACAGUGUGAGGUAACAAACAUACAGUAGGUAUCUUUUGUUUUAAUAAUGGGAAGCUGGCUCCCUGAAACUUAUCUUGAUAACGUGUAUAAUAUUAUUUAUCAAAGUGUUUGAUGCCAUGUUCCGAGUUCUAGGAAAUGGGUUAUAAUGCAACGCCUUUGCUGUACAGUACAAGUUGUAGAGUUUCAGACAACCUGCCGGAAUUUCAUGGUUUCAUUCAGUGACCGAUUCAUGGUGCAAGAAUUGUUCCAUAAUUUGGUCAGUCUUAGGGCUCUAUUUAAUCCGUAUCGCUGAAGCUCAGCGUUGCGGCAUGAUUGAAAUUUAAAGGCAAUAUUCCCGAGUUAGCGGAGACUGCAUUCAUGGUAAACGCUGCAUAUGUCGGCUCAAUGGGAAAUUACCUUCACAUUUCCAUCAUGCAAUCUGUAAGGCUUCAGCGAAACAAAUUGAAUCCAGCCCUAGUUCAAUAUACACCUUCAGAGAAGAUAAUGCUGUAAAUAUUAACAUGAAGUCCACUCUCACACAUAUCCACUAACCAGUGGAGGCUGCUGAGGGGAGGACGGCUCAUAAUGAUGGCUGGAACGGAGUGAAUGGAAUGGCAUUAAACAUAUGGAAACCAUGUAUUUGCUGUAUUUGAAAACAUUCCACUAAUUUCCCUCCAGUCAUUACCACGAGCCCGUCCUCCCCAAUUAAAGUGCCACCAACCUCCUGUGCCAGUAGUUCAUUGUAUGAAUGUUGACCGAGCAAUGGCACAUGGCGAACCUGCAUCUUCCCCUCGCAGUCACCUAAAACCAAAAAGGAAAAUAAGCACACACGCAGAGGACGUCUCGCACCAAACCAAUAUUUCCCCUUCAUUAGCCCUGAUAUAUGGGGUGGCUGUGCAUGGGAGGUCUUUAUACACUUGUAAUUUGCACAGCAUAAAUGUAUUUAUAUGUAUAUGGAGAGAAAGUAUUUUUUUCAACUAACUUUUUCAAAAGACACGUCCCUUAAAGCAAACGCUCAUACUUCACAGUGUUCCACUGGCAACAUUUUACAUCCUCUGAUACAACACGUUGUAUAUAUAUCAUGUUGGAAUAUAAGAGGGAUAUCUUAUCUUCUUAGUAGCCUUGAUAAAUGGUACAGAGAGGAGUCCUGUUGAAUGAUUUCUUAGUUUUGUACAAAAAUACACUUUUGGCUCAAUGCGCUUGCAGAUAAGUGUUUUCAUACUUCUUUUUUAUGGAAAAUGUUUGUCAUAUGGAACUGUACUCUUGUUUUUUUAAACAUACUUUCAUUUCUGUAUCUAUUUUCAAUAAUAAAAACAGAAGUUCUGUUACUUUUUUAUUUAAAAAAAUAUGUCCUUGCCAUUUUUCACUUUGGGUAACUAGAGUGAUAGUGUUUUCCAGUUGAAGGAGCGUACAGG